UGCACAGGACUCCGUUUUGUAUUGUGCUAUUUAUUUAAGCAGUAAUGCUUGCAUAAAAAAUGGUUUUACGACCGGAUAGUGAUGCAAUAUUUUCAACGUCACUCCUGUAGGCUUUAAUCGCUAAUGCUAUUUCUGUCGUUUCAAUGGCAAGACAUAGAUUAAAGGUACAGGCGCCUAUCGAUUAUUAUUGUCCUGCCAGCUAGGUAAGACUGUAAAGGACCGCUACAAAGACACUUUAUGAAUAUUGUAUUUUCAGUGCGUUUGCAUGAUGUUUCAUACGCUCUGAUAUGAUCGCAAUGAUGCUAAACUGAUUUGUUGGUUAAUAAUAUUCGCAACAAUUUAAUCCCAUCCCGGCUCAAUCAGACAAUAACAAAUCUUGAAUAAUUCCGAAUGCAUGUCGUGCGAAUCUGCUCAGUCAAAUGCAGUACUAUUGAAUGCAAUGUGUGGUGAAAACUUGAUCGCGGCAGUUUGUCGUGGUGUAUCAAAGCGAAUAGGAAAGGCCAGGGCGGAUUGAGCGAUCAAGGUGGCUAAAACUGGAGAGAUAAGAUGGGCUCGUGCUUUCGGAGUGAGGAGAUGUGCUUGGCUCAGCUGUUCCUGCAGUCUGGUUCGGCAUAUGACUGCAUCAGCGAACUGGGAGAAAUGGGACUGGUCGAAUUUCGAGAUCUCAACCCCAGCGUCAGCUUGUUCCAGCGUCGCUUCGUCAGUGAGAUCAAGAGAUGUGAGGAAAUGGAGAGGAUUCUGGGGUAUCUGCUGAGGGAAAUUAAGAAGGCUAAUAUUGCAGUGCCAGAACCUGAAAUCCUUCCUGUUGCCCCUGCACCCAAAAAUGUCUUUGAGAUCAUGGAGCAGCUGCAGAGGCUGGAGGUGGAGCUCAGCGAGGUCGCCAAGAAUAAAGAAAAACUCCAGCGGAACCUGCUCGAGCUGACGGAGUACACACACAUGCUGAGAAUCACACAUACCUUCAUGCACAGCCGCUCCAGGCAUGAAGCUCUGGGCCCUCAGUAUGAGGAGUUCCUCUCUCUGGAGACUGAAUCAGUGACAGGCUGCACCAGUAUGCAGAGACUGGGCGCCAAACUCGGGUUUAUCUCAGGGUUGAUUCAGCGGGUGAAGGUGGAGGCAUUUGAGCGGAUGCUCUGGCGGGUCUGUAAAGGUUUCACUAUCCUCAGCUAUGCAGAGGUGGACGAGAGCCUGGUAGAUCUCGACACGGGUGAAAUAAAUAAGAAUGUUGUGUUCCUUAUCUCCUUCUGGGGUGACCAAAUUGGACAGAAGGUUCAGAAAAUUUGCGACUGUUACCAUUGUCAUCUCUACCCUCAUCCUGAAACGGACGAAGAAAGGGCAGAUGUGAUGGACAAUCUAAGGACACGGAUCCAAGACUUACAAAGCGUUUUGCACCGUACAGAGGAUUACUUGAAGCAGGUCCUGCAUAAGGCGUCUGAGUCAGUGCACUCCUGGGUGCUCCAAGUGAAGAAGAUGAAAGCAAUCUAUCACAUACUCAACCUCUGCAGCUUUGAUGUCACUAACAAGUGUCUGAUCACUGAAGUGUGGUGUCCGGUCAGUGACCUGGCUAACCUGAGGAGGGCGCUAGAGGAGGGCUCAAGAAAAGGUGACGCCACGGUCCCGUCCUUCGUUAACCGUCUCCCGAGCAAUGACACUCCACCGACCCUUUUAAGGAGCAACAAGUUCACCUCAGGGUUCCAGAGUAUAGUUGAGGCUUAUGGAGUAGGAGACUAUAGAGAAGCCAGCCCAGCUCCUUAUACCAUAAUCACAUUUCCCUUCCUGUUUGCGGUGAUGUUUGGAGAUCUUGGUCAUGGUGCAGUCAUGGCGCUCUUUGCUCUGUGGAUGGUGUUAACUGAGAAGGACCACACACGCAGACGACCAGGAAAUGAGAUCUGGAGGAUGUUUUUUGAUGGGCGUUACAUCAUACUAAUGAUGGGACUGUUCUCCAUAUACACGGGACUCAUUUACAAUGAUUGUUUCUCUAAAUCCCUCAACAUCUUUGGCUCUGCCUGGAGCGUCGAGGCCAUGUUCACAGAACAGCAGUGGUCAAAUGAAACCCUUCAAACUAACGCCUUACUCAGCUUAGAUCCCAACGUUUCUGGAGUUUUUUCUGGACCGUAUCCAUUAGGCAUCGAUCCAAUCUGGAACAUGGCUGUGAAUCGCCUGACCUUCCUCAACUCCUACAAGAUGAAGAUGUCUGUGAUCAUUGGGGUCAUUCACAUGAGCUUUGGGGUGGUGCUCAGUGUCUUCAACCACUUGCACUUCAGACAGAAGUUUAAGAUCUAUCUCCUCUUUCUCCCUGAGCUGCUCUUUCUGCUUUGUCUCUUUGGGUAUUUGGUCUUCAUGAUCUUUUACAAAUGGCUGGCGUUCUCAGCACAAGACUCUCGUCUGGCUCCAAGCAUUCUCAUCCACUUUAUCGACAUGUUCCUCAUGCAGGGGAAUGCUGCUACACCCCUGUACCCCAGGCAGAUGGGGCUGCAGGUGUUUUUGGUGGUGGUGGCCCUGCUGUCGGUUCCAGUGUUGUUACUGGGAAAACCUCUUUAUCUCUACUGGCUGCAUCGUGGUGGGAAGAGCCUGGGGGUCCACAGGGGCUACGAGAGAGUUCGUCAUGUGAGUGAGGACGAUCUGUCAUCGUCUGUCGUGCAUGAUGAAGAAGAGGGGCUAAGUGACUCGGGAGGACCUCAGGAGGUUCAAGUUUACCCAUUUUCCUCACAAAAACAAGUACCGUUUGAUUUUGGGGAUGUCUUCUUGCAUCAAGCAAUUCACACCAUAGAGUAUUGUUUGGGCUGCAUCUCCAACACUGCCUCCUAUCUGCGUCUCUGGGCCCUAAGCCUUGCCCAUGCUCAGCUGUCAGAGGUAUUGUGGGUGAUGGUUAUGCGAGUGGGGCUGAGGGUGAGCUCCAGACUGGGCGUGCUUUUCCUUGUGCCUGUGUUCAGUGUCUUUUCCCUGCUCACCGUCUCUAUUCUUCUGGUUAUGGAGGGACUGUCUGCUUUCCUCCAUGCUCUGCGUCUGCAUUGGGGUGAUGGUCGGACUCGCUAUCGUUGAAGGAAUGAGCAUUACACCGAAGCCUGUACUCUGGAGCGGGAUCAAUUUGGAGGUGGAGGGUCUGUCAUGGUCUGGGGCUUGUUGACAUUGCAGGCAAUCACAACGCUGUGUGUUACAGGGAAGACAUCCUCUUCCCUCAUGUGGUGCCCUUCCUGCAGGCUCAUCCUGACAUGACCCGCCAGCAUGACAACGCCACCAGCCAUACUGCUCGUUCUGUGCGUGAUUUCCUGCAUGACAGGAAUGUCAGCGAAGAGCACGUCUGGGGACUGCUGGAUCGGAGGGUGAGGGCCAGGGCCACCACCCCCCCAGAAAUAUCCUGGAACUUGCAAGGGCCUUGGUGGAAGAGUGGGGUAACAUCUCAACGCAAGAACUGCUAUUAUAUUUUGUUACAUGUUUAAUGUUUACAUGCAUAUUUUGUACUAUUUACAAUAUUUACAUUGAUUUGUUGAACACAUGCUAAAAAUUGGAGCUGUCUCUUUAAGAAAACUGGCAGUUCUGUUAAUAGCAUCUUUAAAUGAGUACAUAUUAACAAGAGAGUUCAUGAAUGGCUUUACCUCAUUUGUGCUAUGCGUGAUUAGAAAUAAAUUAUCAACAACUGACUAAAGAACAGAAAGGUUUUGAAAAGAGACCUUAUUGAAUGACAAAUGGGCGAGGAUCUCGUCUUUGGACACACUAAACGACUCAAAUCAAACUUUUAAUCUCAACAUUAAGUGAAAGGAUCUCAAUCCUAAACAUCUACUAUACUAAAUCACUGGUAAGUGAAAGCUGAAGAUUUACCAGCCAGUGGCUAAUCAUAGAUGUUUUUGGGAAAUUUUGCGCAAAGUCCAAAGCACAAAAUUUGGUCUCGUAUGCGAGUGAUUUACUCACAUUUUACAGAGUUGUGCAUACCGCACGCAAUAUAGCUGAAGAUCAAUCUUGGAAUUUAAGAAUCGAUAUCAAGAUGAAUCAAAUUAAGAUUGUAAUGCAUCUGAAAAUCUAUAUUUUCUCCCAGCCUGAGUUAUAAUAAUUUUGUUAAUAAUCGAGUUAUUCCACCAUGUCUAUCUUUCCAUUCACAAUUGUGU